AUGGAACCGAUUACUGAUGGUGUGGGUACAAGAAAUAAUAUUGUUCUUGAUACAAAGAGAUAUGGUUACUGGAAAGUACGAAUGACACAGCUCAUCAGAGGCCAAGGUGAAGAUGCAUGGACUGCUGUAGAAGAAGGGUGGGAAUCUCCAUUUGAGUUAUCUGAAGAUGGAGCAAAGAUCCCUAAACCAAAAGCAAGAUGGACUGUGGAUGAGAAGAAUAUGUCUAAAUUCAAUGCAAGAGCCAUGAAUGCUAUAUUCAGUGGUGUUGAUGAGGAUGAGUUCAAACUUAUUCAAGGAUGCAAGUCAGCCAAGCAGGCCUGGGAUACUCUUCAGAAGUCUCAUGAAGGUACGUCAAGUGUUAAGCGUACUCGAUUAGAUCAUUUAGCUACUCAGUUUGAAUGUCUACAGAUGGAACCAGAUGAGACUAUUGUUAAGUUUAGCUCAAAGAUAAGUGCUAUUGCGAAUGAGGCUGAAGUCCUUGGAAAAACUUACAAAGAUCAGAAGCUUGUUAAGAAGCUACUGAGGUGUCUUCCGGCUAAGUUUGCUGCUCACAAAGCUGUAAUGAGAGUUGCGGGUAAUACAGACUCCAUGACCUUUGUUGAAUUGGUUGGAAUCUUAAAGUCUGAAGAAAUGGAGAAUGAUGAAGAUAAGACUAAGGUUCGAGGAAAUAUUGCUUUUCAGGCUGAACAAGACGUUGCCCAGUUCAAGGAAAUCAAGGAUACCAUGGCUGUUCUGGCCAGAAACUUGAAAAAAGCUCUGAAAAGAGUGAAAAAAACUAAUGGCAGAAAUGACAAAUGCUGGAAUGGUACAGAAGAAGAUAAGUCUGGUGGAAAAGGAUUCAAGCUUGAAGUUGACCACACUGGAAAGAAAAGUAAGAUCCAGUGUUAUCAAUGCGGAGGAUUUGGGCAUAUCAAACCGGAAUGUCCUGUUACAAAACGGAAUGACCUUAACUGUUUGGAAUGCAAAGGAAUGGGUCACACCAAGUUCGAGUGCCCAAAUCAGCGUAAAGAAAAAGAAAAAGCUUGUCUAAGUUUCAGUGACUCAGAUACAGAAGAGGAAAAAGAAGAACUUCUAAACUUUGUUGCUUUUACAGCCCCAACUGAUAAAACUGCUGAUUCAGACACUGAUUCAGAGAGUGGUGAUGAAGUUAAUACAAAAGAAGAAUACAAAAUUCUGUACGAUAGCUGGAUCCAACUGAGUAAAGAUAAACUGGAGUUAACUCAACAGAAGUUGUCUUUGGAAGCUAAACUGGAAAGUUGCUAUGAGAAAGGAGAUCCAGAAGACGCUCUUGUGUUGUCCUCAGAACAGUCUGCUGAGCUACUGUUGAAAAAGAUCAAGUCCAUUCAGGAUGAUUACUACAAAGAAAAAGAGAAAGCUGAUGCGCUUGAACAAGAGUUGAACAAUAAACAUAAGCAAAUUAGAAUGCUUAACAGUGGUUCGGGUAAGCUGGAUACGAUUCUGACUAUGGGAAGAACAGAAUCAAUUCACAGAGGAUUGGGUUAUCAAGGUCAAGCUGGAUACUCUGGUAUGUCUGAAGAUCUCUCUAUAAAGUUUGUUAGCGGGGGUAUUCUGGAAGAAAAGGAUACUUCAGUGAUAACUCCAAAGAACGUACCUAAACAUGAAGACACCAAGCAGAAGAGAAAAGGAGAGAAUGUUCAUAAGAGAAUUGUCAGAAGACCAAACAAAGGAAGAUUCUAUGGAUGUGGUUAUUGUGGAAGAAAGAAUCAUCAAAGAAAAUAUUGCUAUAAGUUCAAGGAACGAGUCUCAGUGUUGUGGACUCUCAACAAAUGCUUCUUAGAACCAUCUAAGUUCGGCUGCAUUUGGGUUGUUAAGAAAGAUCUAUAUGGAGAUCUGAAAAAGGAGAUAUCAAACCUGGAAAUUAGUGACAUAUAUAAUGCAGAAGAUGAAGUCUACUCACGAUCUGGGAUUGAAAUGUCAAGAAAUUUGCAUGAGAAGAUGACAGACUCUAUCAACUUGAACUGCAAUUUGAUCACAACAGAGGUUGCAACAGAUGACAAGCAAGCUGAAGUAGCUUACACCACUGCAGCAGCUCCUGAUGAUGACUCUUGGUAUUUUGACAGUGGUUGUUCACGACAUAUGACAGGUAAUCAAACUGCUCUAGAUGAGUACUCUAGUGUCUCAAGUGGAAGGGUCACUUUUGGAGAUGAUCAGAAAGGAAGCAUCAAAGGGAAAGGCGUGAUUAACAAGUCAAACCAACCACAAUUGGAAAAUGUUUAUUGUGUAGAAGGACUUAAAGCAAAUCUGAUCAGUAUUAGUCAACUGUGUGAUGAUGGUCUGAAGGUUACUUUCACCAAGACUGCUUGUCAUGCCCGUGAUGAAAACGACAAUGAGAUUCUGUCAGGUAUUCGUUCAGAAAAUAAUUGCUACAUGUGGAAGAAGUCUGAAUCAUGCUUGUCUACAACAACGUCAAAGCUUGAUUUGUGGCAAAAACGUCUUGUUCAUAUCAACACUCAGAGUUUAAUCAAGAUUGUGAAUGCAGAGGUUGUUAAAAGAGUACCUAGACUCGAACGAAAAUCAGAUACAGUAUGUGACGCCUGCAGCAAAGGGGAACAGAUCAAAGUACAUCAUAAGAAAGUGGCUGAUAUAGGAUCAAAAGGUUUUCUCGAAUUGGUUCACAUGGAUCUCAUGGGUCCAAUGCAAAUAGAGAGUUCGAAUGGCAAAAGGUACAUUUUUGUUCUUGUUGAUGAUUUCUCAACGUUUACCUUGGUUAGAUUUUUAAGAAAAAAAUCAGAGACUCUUGAGAGCUUCAGAAUCCUAGCCCUUCAGCUACAGACAGAAAAGGGAAGCAUUGUUCAAAUCCGACGUGGUCAUGGUGGAGAGUUUCAGAAUGCGGAACUUGAAAAUUUCUGCAAUUCUCAAGGGAUAAGGCAUCAAUAUUCUGCCCCAAGGACUCCGCAACAAAGUGGAAUUGUUAAAACGAAGAACAGAACUCUUCAAGAAAUGGCUAGAGCAAUGAUCCAUGGGAACAAUGUGUUACCAAGAUUUUGGGCUGAAGCGGUUAACACAGAGUUCUAUAUCAUCAAUCGUGUCUAUGUUAAGUCAAGUACCUGUACUACUCCGUAUGAAAUCUGGAAAGAAAAGACACCAAACCUGUGUUACUUUCACACGUUUAGGUGUAUCUGCUACAUCUUGAACGAUAAAGAUCUACUUGGGAAAUUUAAUGCAAGAAGUGAUGGAGGUAUCUUUCUGGGAUAUGCUACCAAAAGUAUGGCCUACAGGGUUUAUAACAAGCGUCUCAAGAGAGUAGACGAAUCUGUAAAUGUUGUCCUUGAUGAUAAAAGUCCAGCUCAUCAGUAUCCAGUUGCAGAAGAUGAUGAAAGUCCUACUGAAACUCCUGGUCAAGAAAAACAGGAAGGAGAGCAAAACGGGGGAUCUGAUGAACAAGGAAACCUGGGAGGUAAUCGAACAACUAGAGGUGUUCAGAUAAACUUCAGAGAAACGCUUCAACAGUCAUGUUUUGUAUCUGUUCUGGAGCCUAAAGACGUCUUCACAGCUUUAAAGGAUAAGUUUUGGUUUGCUGCGUGUCAUGAAGAGUUACACCAGUUUACUAGACAUGAUGUGUGGAAUCUUGUUCCUAAACCAGCUCAUGGUAGUGUCAUUGGGACGAAAUGGAUUUCCAAGACCAAGAUUGAUAAAGAUGUGAACGUUAUGACCAAGGAAUUUGAGAUGAGUUUGGUAGGAGAGAUGAACUAUUUUUUGGGACUUCAAAUCAAGCAGGCUGAAGAUGGAAUCCAUAUCUCUCAAGGGACUUACGCCAAAAGCUUGGUUCUGAGAUUUAGAAUGCAGACGAGGAGUUGGUUGUACUUGACUGCAAGUAGACCUGAUAUGUGCUCCAGUGUGGGGGUUUGUGCGAGAUAUCAAGCUGAUCCGAAGUUAUCUCACAUGAAUGCAGAAAAGCGAAUCAUCAAAUAUGUGAAAGGUACAUUUGACCAAGGGUUCUAUGACACAAAACAAACUAACAAGAAUCUUGCAAGCUUUUGUGAUUCUGAUUGGGCAGGAAAUUUGGAUGAUCGGAGGAAUGCUUCAGGUGGAUGUGUCUUUCUGGGAAAAAAUCUCAUAUCCUGGCACAGCAAGAAGCAGAGCUAUGUAACUAGGUCUACAGCAGAGACUGAGUACAUUGCAUUGGAAAGUUGUUGCACAGAGUUAAUGUGGAUGAAACAAAUGCUAUCUGACUAUGGUAUUGUUUCCUCAACCUUACUUGUGUACUGUGACAACAUGAGUGCCAUUAACAUUUCAAAAAAUCCUGUUCAACUUUCUCGUACCAAACAUAUAGACAUUAUGCUUCAAUUCGUCCGAGAACUUGUUGAAAAUAAGAUUAUAGAAAUCUCUCAUGUCUCCUCAGAAAAACAACUUGUUGAUAUUUUCACUAAACCUUUGGAGUUAGACAGUUUUAUAAAUCUGCAAAAAUCUAUUGGUUUGCUGGAUCACUAA